UCCUAACAAUUUCUAAUCUCAAGUGAGAAGCCGUGAGUAUCCCCAAAAAUGCCAAAUGUAUGUGAAUAUUUGCUUUGUUUUACCAUGUGACAAAAAACAUAUUUAAUAACAUUUUAAGUGAGACGAGAGCGCGCAAAAAAACACGAAUGAAUCUCGUGUAUUAUAAUAGCAACGUAGUGAUUGUCACAUUAAGCUGUUCAGCAUGAAGAUAGCUAUUCAUCCAUUGACAGCUGAUCCGACAGCAGCCUGGCGUGAGUUAUCUCAAUACCAAAAAGUUGUUAAAAUAAAUGCUAAAUUGCCGACGACCGAGGCACCGAGUGAUAAAUUACGCGUAGUAUGUAUGAGCGACACGCAUUCACUCACACCAUUCAUAAAAUUUGAUAUACCCGCCGGUGACAUUUUUAUUCACGCCGGAGAUUUUACGAAAUGUGGUAGUUUGCAAGAAGUCAUAGAAUUCAACAAUUGGAUAGGUAAUUUACCACACAAACAUAAAAUAGUUAUAGCUGGCAAUCAUGAACUUAGCUUUGAUCCCACAUUUACGCAUCCCUUUUCUGUGCACACCAGUGGGGAUCAUCAGAAACAUACUGGAACCAGUAUACUUGACAAUAUACCCACCUUGGGUAUGUCAAAAGAUACUCUUGCUGAAGCUAUUAAAACUACUAAUGUUAAAGAUUAUUUGACAAAUUGUACAUAUUUGGAAGAUUCUGAAAUUGUAAUACAUGGAAUCAAGAUAUAUGGUACUCCAUGGCAACCAGAAUUUUGUAAGUGGGCAUUUAAUGUACCACGUGGAGAAGCAUGCCUGUCAAAAUGGGAACUGAUUCCAUCAGAUACAGAUAUCCUUGUAACGCAUACUCCUCCUGUAGGUCAUGGAGAUCUAUGCUGUAGUGGAGUACGCGCUGGAUGUGUAGAGUUAUUGUCGACGGUACAAAAUCGUGUGAAGCCCAAAUACCAUGUAUUUGGUCAUAUACAUGAAGGAUAUGGUAUAUCGUCAGAUGGCAAAAUAAUAUACAUCAAUGCAUCUACAUGUGAUAUAAAUUAUCUGCCAAGUAAUCCACCAAUAGUAUUUGAUAUAACGUUACCUCCCGGUGUUCAAAAAUCGUAAUCUAUCAGAUUAGAUGACACCAAUAUAAAAACACAUUAGAUUUUUCUUACAAACUUAAGAAAAAUCCGUACAUUGUCUAUGUACAACAUUAUAUAGAGAUACAAUGUUACAUAGGAGAAAUUUUUCUUGCCUUAAUUUAAACACAGAAUAUGUAUAAAGCAUACUAUAUAAGUAUUAAUUUGUUUUUCUUUUUCAUACAAUUUGUAAUAAUUUAAAAUAAUAAUAUUAAAAAUAAGAUAUCUAUAAAA